AUGGAAGACCCUGCCAAGGCGGCUGCCAACUUCACAUCUCAGGUCAUCAUCAUGAUCAUGAACCAACCCGGUGAGAUUGGAAAUGGAUAUGCUCCAGUUUUGAACUGCCACACCUCACACAUUGCUAUGAAGUUUGCUGAGAUCUUGACCCAGAUUGAUAGGCCAUUCGUUAAGGAGCUUGAGAAGAAGCUCAAUUUUUUUGAAGAAUGGUGGUGCUGGGUUUGUGAAAAUGAAUACCCUCUGUUUCUCAUCUUUUAUUAGCUAAUGAAUAUUGUUCACUAAGUCUUCAUAAAGUUCUAACAUAACGUAUAUAUCAAUUAUUUGAUAAUUUAUUUAUUUAUAUGAUAUUAUAAUUAUUUUAA